CAGUUUUCGUUUCCUUCUCUACUCUGUCUCGUGAUUUGAUCCCAUUUAGUCUACUCACUUUCUCGUGUAGAGAUCAUAAGGUACCCAUUUUUCUGCGAUUUACUCAUCUGGGUAUCACGGGAUUCACUUUCUUUAGCCAAAUCUACUUCUUUCUAGAAAUUGAGUUUGCUUCUCUUUUUCUUUUUUCUCAUCUGGGUUCGAUUCAAUAUGUUAUGUAUUAUAAUUUCUUCCAUCUCACUUGAUUGUUUCUGCUAAAGUAAAUUUCAUUUCUUUUUGGAUUUGACUGUGAGCUGCCUGAGAGCAGAGUGCCCAGAAAUUUGGAAGAAUGGCAGCCAGGAAUUUGGAGAAGAUGGCCUCGAUAGACGCUCAGUUGAGGUUACUGGCACCGGGUAAAGUCUCAGAGGAUGAUAAGUUGGUUGAGUAUGAUGCUUUGUUGUUAGAUCGGUUUCUUGAUAUUCUUCAAGACUUACACGGAGAGGAUAUUAGAGAAACGGUACAAGAAUGUUAUGAGCUUUCAGCUGAGUAUGAAGGGAAUCAUAAUCCUAAAAAGUUGGAGGAACUUGGGAAUGUGCUGACAAGUUUGGAUCCAGGGGAUUCGAUUGUUGUCACGAAAGCAUUUUCCAACAUGCUUAACUUAGGCAAUUUGGCGGAAGAAGUUCAAAUUGCUUAUAGGCGAAGGGUCAAAUUAAAAAGGGGAAACUUUGCGGAUGAGAGUUCGGCAUUGACUGAAUCGGAUAUUGAAGAGACCCUGAAGAGACUUGUGGUGCAGCUGAAGAAGUCACCUGAAGAAGUUUUUGAUGCCUUGAAGAAUCAGACUGUGGAUUUGGUCUUGACUGCACAUCCUACUCAAUCUGUUCGUAGAUCUUUACUUCAAAAGCAUGCUAGGAUAAGAAAUUGUUUGACUCAGCUGUAUGCGAAGGACAUCACUCCAGAUGAUAAGCAGGAACUUGAUGAGGCACUACAAAGAGAAAUCCAAGCUGCUUUUCGUACAGAUGAGAUCCGAAGGACUCCUCCUACUCCACAGGAUGAGAUGAGAGCAGGAAUGAGUUAUUUCCAUGAGACAAUUUGGAAAGGUGUGCCGAAAUUUUUACGACGUGUUGACACUGCUUUGAAGAACAUAGGGAUCAAUGAACGUGUUCCUUAUAAUGCCCAUCUUAUUCAAUUUUCAUCUUGGAUGGGAGGUGAUCGUGAUGGAAACCCCAGGGUGACUCCUGAAGUUACAAGAGAUGUUUGCCUAUUGGCUAGAAUGAUGGCUGCAAACUUAUACUUCUCCCAAAUAGAAGAUCUUAUGUUUGAGUUGUCAAUGUGGCGUUGCAAUGAUGAACUCCGUGCACGCACAGAAGAACUGCAUAGGUCCUCAAGGAAGGAAUAUGCGAAGCAUUACAUAGAAUUCUGGAAAAAAAUUUCUCCAAAUGAGCCCUAUCGUGUUAUUCUUGGAGAUGUAAGGGACAAGUUAUAUGGUACACGUGAACGAGCUCGUCAGUUAUUAGCAAGUGGGACUUCUGACAUUCCUGAGGAUGCAACUUUCACCAUUGUUGAGCAGUUUCUGGAGCCUCUGGAACUCUGCUAUAGAUCACUUUGUGCUUGUGGAGAUCGAUCAAUAGCUGAUGGAAGCCUUCUUGAUUUCUUACGGCAAGUUUCUACAUUCGGGCUUUCACUUGUAAGACUUGAUAUCCGUCAGGAAUCUGAUAGGCAUACUGAUGUCCUUGAUGCUAUCACAAAGCACCUAAAUAUUGGACGCUAUAAAGAAUGGUCUGAGGAACGCAAGCAGGAAUGGCUCUUAUCUGAACUUAGAGGGAAGCGCCCUCUUUUUGGGCCUGAUCUUCCCAAAACAGAGGAAAUUGCUGAUGUGUUGGACACAUUCCAUGUUAUUGCAGAACUUCCUGCAGAUAAUUUUGGCGCCUAUAUUAUCUCAAUGGCAACAGCUCCAUCUGAUGUGCUUGCAGUUGAGCUUUUACAACGCGAAUGCCAUGUGAAGCAACCAUUGAGGGUUGUUCCAUUAUUUGAGAAACUUGCUGAUCUUGAAGCAGCUCCUGCUGCUGUAGCCCGUCUCUUCUCUAUAGAUUGGUACAGAAAUCAGAUCAAUGGAAAGCAAGAAGUAAUGAUAGGGUAUUCUGAUUCUGGAAAGGAUGCUGGUCGCCUCUCAGCAGCUUGGCAGCUAUACAAGGCUCAAGAGGAGCUUGUUAAGGUGGCAAAGCAAUAUGGCAUUAAGCUUACAAUGUUUCAUGGUCGAGGUGGGACAGUUGGAAGAGGAGGAGGACCAACCCACCUGGCUAUCUUGUCUCAACCACCUGAAACAAUUCAUGGCUCGCUCCGUGUGACAGUUCAAGGUGAAGUUAUUGAGCAGUCAUUUGGGGAGGAGCACUUGUGCUUUAGAACCCUCCAGCGUUUUACAGCUGCUACCCUGGAGCAUGGAAUGCAUCCUCCUGUCUCACCAAAGCCAGAAUGGCGUGCUCUCUUGGAUGAAAUGGCUGUUAUUGCCACAAAAGAAUACCGAUCUAUAGUCUUCCAGGAGCCUCGUUUUGUUGAAUAUUUUCGCCUGGCAACACCAGAAUUGGAGUAUGGUCGAAUGAACAUUGGCAGUCGUCCUUCGAAAAGAAAGCCAAGUGGAGGUAUCGAAUCACUCCGUGCAAUCCCAUGGAUCUUCGCAUGGACACAGACAAGGUUUCACCUCCCCGUGUGGCUUGGAUUUGGGGCCGCAUUUAAGCAUGUCAUAAAGAAGGACAUAAAAAAUCUCCACCUGCUCCAAGUGAUGUACAAUAAGUGGCCUUUCUUCAGGGUCACCAUUGACUUAAUUGAGAUGGUGUUUGCAAAGGGAGACCCAGGGAUUGCUGCCUUGUACGACAAACUUCUUGUGUCAGAGGAAUUAUGGUCAUUUGGAGAGCGCUUGAGAGCCAACUAUGAAGAAACUAAGAGCCUUCUUCUCCAGGUCGCCGGGCAUAAAGAAAUUCUUGAAGGAGACCCAUACCUGAAGCAGAGGCUUCGUCUUCGUGAUGCUUACAUCACAACCCUUAAUGUCUGUCAAGCCUACACUCUGAAGCGCAUUCGUGAUCCUAAUUAUCAUGUGAAGCUGAGGCCACACUUGUCCAAGGAAUAUAUGGAGAUGGAGUCAAGCAAGCCUGCAGCAGAGCUUGUGAAGCUUAACCCCACAAGUGAGUAUGCUCCUGGUCUAGAGGACACCCUUAUUUUAACCAUGAAGGGAAUAGCUGCCGGCAUGCAAAACACUGGUUAAGACAUUAUAAUAUUAUCUCCUACUGUUGUUUUACGUAUAACAAAUGUAUAAUGUAUUAUGUGAGAUACAGGCUCCAGCUUUAUUGGAUCUUCGGACUUGGUAAUAAAUGCCUAUAGAAUUAUGUGUUCCUAUAGAGCUUGAAGGGCUAAAUUUAAUAAAUAAUCUAUUAACUA